CCUUCGCUGCCUGCGUUCCUCGUUCUCAGCGAGCGAAUGAGUGAUUGUGUUGUUGGAGAGAUUCGUUGAGUGAUUUCAGUUCGGCUCAUUUGUCGAUGUCGAAUAGGCGCUACUCAUCUUUGACCCAGAAUCGCAACACUAUCUGAAAGGACAUCAGCUUCUUCUUCUUCAGAUUCUAAUAGUACUUUCAUGGGAGAAUUUUGGAGCUGUGGUUGAAUUAGUUGCUGCAGUUGUGUGAUUUGAAUGCUGCGGGUUGUAUUUGUUGUUAUUUGCUGAGGUUUAGGUGGUUUGUUAGUUUUUGGAUCUCUCUGUCAGUGGAUUUUUUUUCUUCUUCCAAAUUAAGGUUAAUAGCACGAGCGAUAUUACCAGGGUUGCGGAAACCAGGGGUUCUUAUUAGGGUUUAUGUUCUCUUCUGAGUUUCCGUGGGGAUUUAUCUGUUCUGGUCGUGCUUUUAUUGAACCUGUAUCGAUCCAGUACCUGAAUAUUUUGGAAUCUGUAGUUGUAUUGGAUUGGAAUUGCUGAUGGCAUGUAAUUUACUUGUUUUGAUCUGUUCAACGCUCUCUCUGAAGGCCAUCAAAUUAUGCUGAAAACGAGCGGGAGAUACUGCAAAAACCUUGCGUGAAUUUGAGAAUGGGAAUCUGGAAUAUGGACAUCAUGCUGCAGACUUCAUUCGUCAAGCCACCCCCUACGAUGCAAGGGACAGCGCAUUUGUAUGUAGCCAACUGCGGGCCAGACGUUGGACUAGCCUUCUCGGACAUUAAGAAGGCUUUUGAAAUCUUUGGGUCUGUUGAAAAUGUCCAACUAGCUGGUGCUAGUGGAUCACGAGUGUAUGUUUCCUAUCACAAUGUUGAUGACGCGGUGGCUGCUCGUAAUGCAUGGAAUUUGAAACCAUGUGAUGCUCUUCAAGGUCGAGUGAUGGUUAUUCAACAUGCUGUGCCGCAGACUCAGUCCUCUGUGGAGGAACAGGUGGUUUUUACAUCAAGUGCUGAUGUGGGUGUACCUGGACUCACUUUAUACACCGACUUCGUGACUCUUUCGGAAGAACAGGAACUCCUGCGCGAGGUAGAUGAGAGGUCCUGGCAGACCCUUGCGAAGCGGAGGGUGCAGCACUAUGGGUACGAGUUUUUGUAUAAGACUAGGAACGUAGACUUGUCUCAGAAGCUUGGAGAACUGCCUGCAUCUCUGGAGCCACUUCUUAACAAGAUAUCUUUGGUUCCUGAAAUUGCAAGUGCUGAAGAGCCAACGCUCCCUUUUGACCAACUUACCGUGAACGAAUAUCCAAGAGGAGUUGGACUCUCACCGCAUAUUGAUACUCAUUCAGCAUUUGAGGGCUCCAUUCUUUCUCUGUCAUUAGGUGGGCCCUGCAUAAUGGAGUUCCGGAAGUACAUCAAGCGAGGUAAUUCGUUAGUGGAUGGUGACGCACACACUUCAACAUCAAUUUCGCAGCAAAAUGAUGAAUCCAACGAAAAUGCUGAAGCAAUAGUAGUAAGGAAUGAUGAUAGCGUACCGACUGGAUCAGUGUACAUCAUACGGAAAGCUCUUUUUCUUCCUCCGAGAUCACUCCUGAUCUUAUCUGGCGAGGCACGCUAUGCUUGGCAUCACUAUAUACCCCAUCACAAGAUUGACAAUGUGAAUGGCCAGGUACUAGAUCGAGGUACAAGACGGGUUUCUUUCACUUUCCGGAAGGUCAGGCCGGGGGCUUGCAACUGCCCUUUUAUUGAGCACUGUGACUCUCAAGUAUCAGAUGCUGGGGAGCUUGCUUUACAAAACGAGGAAAUAAAGGAGUCUACCAAAACUCUUGAAGAGUUGCGCUCAAACGAUGAAAUUCCCAAAACACCUUCAGAGAAGCAGUCCAUGUCUGCCGAGAUGGGCAAUGAACCAAAACACUUCAAUACAACUAUUCCUGAAAUUGAGAAACGUUACGUACACAAGGUGUACAAUGCUAUCGCCCCUCAUUUCAGUGAUACAAGAUUUGCCAAAUGGCCAAAAGUCGCAAUGUUUCUGGAGUCGAUGGAACCUGGCUCGGUUGUUGCUGAUGCUGGGUGUGGGAAUGGAAAGUAUCUGGGUUUCAACAAAAAGUGCUUUUUCGUUGGAUGUGACAUCAGUCCCCCUCUUAUAGGUAUCUGUGCACAGCACGGGCAUGAGGCAUUGGUGGCAGAUGCAUUACACUUGCCAUAUAGGACAGGGUUCUUCGAUGCUGGCAUUUCUAUUGCAGUGUUGCAUCAUUUGAGCAAUGAAGAGCGCAGGUUGCGUGCUAUGGAAGAAUUACUCAGAGUCGUACGCAGGAAAGGCAGAGUUCUUUUUACUGUAUGGGCUGUAGAACAAGAAGACAAGAAAUUGCUUACCAAAUGGACUCCAUUAACUUGUAAGUACACGGAAGAGUGGGUUGAUGACACGGGCGCUGCUUUCAAAAGAAACCUGUCGAUGAAUUCUCUAAAAAGCAUCCAGGAAGUAGAAAGCCAGGUUCCCACUGCAAUUCCAAGUGAGGAUCUUAAAGAUUCAUCGACGGAGGGGGUACGCCUGAGCUCAAUGGAGAAGGCAGCUGCAGCACAACAAUAUAUCCUUAAUGAAGAUUUAAGUACACAUGAUGGUAAGAUGAAGGGGGAGCAGCAGGAGUAUUUUGUGCCUUGGCAUUUACCAUAUCAUCGAGCAGAAAUUGCGGGUGCAUCAGCUGCAGCUAUUGCUGAUGGGUUAGCACGGAAAGAUGAUGUUAAACGUGCUUUGGUGUACAACCGAUAUUAUCAUUGUUUUGUGGAAGGGGAACUUGAAAGAUUGGCAUCAAAAAUACAGUGUGCAAGACUCGUUGACCACUUCUAUGAUAAGUCAAAUUGGUGCGUAAUAUUGGAGAAGAUAUGAUACCAUCAGCAAAGCGAUGCAGCAGAAUGAUGAGCUAAUUGUUGAUCUAGAAGUCGAAUUUAGCAACGCCUAUCCCUUCUAACUAGGAUCGAGAGUCUUUGCAAUAUUCUGAAGCAUGGAGUAAUCUAGAUGAUGAAUUAUUGCAAUUUGAGUUACAAUGCCUAGUUGCGUAUGCGUUGAAAAGAAAAUCACUCUGAUAUUAUUAAAAAAAACUGCAAUCAAAAGUUAAACCAAACUUAUAA